CCUGUCAAAACAAGUCUGGCUCUGUCACAACAGAACGGAGUAAGCGCGGCGGCACUUCCUGCUGGUUGCGCGGAGCGGCUCCCUUCGCGCGGGCAGAGCAGCACAUCCUCAGGGGGAGAGAGAGACACGCGCGCGCGGAGUUGGGGAGGGACUCCUCCGCUUGACUCGGUCGUGUGUGCGACUGUGGGUGCGGUGGAGUUGGGGCUCUCUUUGCAGUUCUCUGCCUCUGGAAAACUCCCUCAGUGUCCAAGUUGAGCGCCUUCCUGCCCCUCCCCGGCUGCUGCUGCUACCGCCGUGCAUGGAUCGCUUUGGCUAACCAAAGCAGCCGAAGGAUUUCCAAGAAAGAGAGAGAGAGAGAGAGAAGCCCAGCACAAUGCCUCUUCCUAAGAAACUUGCUGCCGCUGUACAAUAAGGGGGGGGGGCUGUGGAGAAGGGGGCUCCCUCCCCGCCUUCCUCUUUUUCGCCUGCUCGGACGUGCCCUGCCCUCCAGCCGAGCGGAGAGAUUCUCCGCUUUGUUGGGGCGAUGGCAGAGGGCGCCGGGAACCGCGAACAUCCGGCGCUCGGUCGCGCUCCCAAAGAGGCUGCGAACAAGGGCGAGGAAGACUCCGAGAUGUGCCCGGAGCCGGGCUCCUGGGAAGCGCCAGCUGCGGCUCCAGGGAGGAGAAGGGAGCGCAGGAGCGGAGUCUCGCUGGCUGGAGGAGUCGCCGAGCGCUUGCCGAGCAGCCUGGCGGCUCCGGCAGGAGCGGAUUCCGAAGCCAGCCUUCUGGAAGCCGCCCGGGCGACCCCUCGCAGGAGCAGCAUUAUCAAGGACCCUUCAAACCAAAAAUGUGGGAGAAAGAAAACAGUGUCUUUCAGCAGCAUGCCAUCUGAAAAGAAAAUAAGUAGUGCAAGUGACUGCAUCAGCUUCAUGCAGGCUGGUUGUGAACUCAAGAAAGUCCGACCAAACUCCCGUAUUUAUAAUAGAUUUUUUACUCUUGACCCUGAUUUGCAAGCACUUCGCUGGGAACCAUCCAAGAAGGAUCCUGACAAAGCUAAACUUGAUAUUUCUGCUUUAAAAGAGAUCCGAUUAGGGAAGAACACUGAAACUUUUAGGAACAAUUCGUUAGCAGAUCAGAUUUCGGAAGAUUGUGCCUUCUCCAUAAUUCAUGGCGAGAAUUAUAACUCUCUGGACCUGGUUGCCCAUUCAGCAGAUGUGGCCAACAUUUGGGUGUCAGGUUUGCAGUACCUGGUUUCGCAUAGCAAACAAGCUCUGGAUUUGACAGAAGGCAGUCAGAACACACCACGGUUUGCAUGGCUUAGAUCAGUGUUUGAAGCUGCAGAUGUUGAUGGUAAUGGGAUCAUGUUGGAAGAUACAGCUGUAGAAUUAAUAAAGAAGUUGAAUCUUGCCUUAAAGGAGUCAAAGAUCAGGUUAAAAUUUAAGGAAAUACAGAGAAGCAAAGAGAAACUAACAACUCGUGUUACAGAAGAGGAAUUUUGUGAAGCAUACACUGAACUUUGCACUAGACCUGAAGUGUAUUUCCUGCUGGUGCAGAUCUCUAAAAACAAAGAAUACUUAGAUGCUCAUGAUCUCAUGAUUUUUUUAGAAGCUGAGCAAGGGGUGGCACACACCACUGAAGAAAUGUGUCUGGAUAUUAUUCGUAGGUAUGAAUUUUCUGAGGAAGGGCAGUUGAAGGGUUUUCUUGCUAUUGAUGGAUUUACUCAGUAUUUGUUGUCCCCAGAAUGUGAUAUUUUUGACCCAGCACAUAGAAAUGUUGUCCAGGAUAUGACCCAGCCUUUAUCACAUUACUAUAUCAAUGCAUCUCACAAUACCUAUCUAAUAGAAGACCAGGUCCGAGGACCAGCAGAUGUCAACGGUUAUGUCAGGGCACUGAAGAUGAGCUGUAGAAGUAUUGAACUUGAUGUUUGUGAUGGUCCGGAUAAGGAACCCAUCAUUUGCAACCGUAACAGUAUGACAUCGCCCCUUUCCUUUCAAGGUGUAAUUGAGGUAAUCAACAAAUUAGCCUUUGUUUCUUCGGAUUACCCUCUUAUUCUGUGCUUGGGAAACUACUGUUCUAUACAACAGCAGAAGGUGAUGGUUCAGCACAUAAAGAAGAUUUUUGGAACCAAACUCUACACUGAUACGCCAUUGCCAUCAGAAGCAUAUCUCCCAUCCCCAGAGAAGCUGAAAAUGAAGGUUAUCAUCAAAGGGAAGAAACUGCCUUGUGAUCAGGAUUUAUUAGAAGGAGAAGUCACUGAUGAAGAUGAAGAAGCAAUAUCUCGAAGAAUGUCUGAGGAACCAAAGAUGACCUGGUUAUGCAAGGGACUGUCUGACCUUGUAUCAAUAUGCAAAUCUAUCCGGUUUACAGAUUUUGAGAACUCAACGAAAAGUCAGAAUUAUUGGGAAAUCUGUUCCUUCAGUGAAGCAGAGGCCAGCAGAAUUGCAAAUGAGUGCCCAGAGAACUUUGUAAAUUACAACAAGAAAUUUCUUUCUAGAAUAUACCCUAGUGCCAUGAGAAUAGACUCGAGUAACUUAAACCCACAAGAUUUUUGGAACUGUGGCUGCCAGAUAGUAGCAAUGAACUAUCAAACUCCAGGGCCAAUGAUGGAUUUACAUACUGGCUGGUUCCUACAAAAUGGGGGAUGUGGUUAUGUCCUUAGACCUUCUGUUAUGCGAGAAGAGAUUUCUUACUUCAGUGCAAAUACAAAAGGCAUUGUUCCAGGAGUUUCCCCUCAAGUCCUACAUGUCAAAAUAAUCAGUGGUCAGAACUUUCCAAAGCCUAAAGGAGCCUGUGCCAAGGGGGAUGUUAUUGAUCCCUAUGUCUGUAUAGAAGUCCACGGUAUUCCUGCAGACUGCACAGAGCAGAGAACGAAAACUGUUCAGCAAAACAGUGAUAACCCCAUUUUUGAUGAGAGUUUUGAGUUUCAAAUAAAUCUGCCAGAGCUAGCCAUGGUCCGUUUUGUUGUAUUGGAUGACGAUUAUAUUGGUGAUGAGUUCAUAGGCCAAUAUGCCAUCCCCCUAGAAUGUGUGCAGCCAGGCUAUCGACACAUACCUUUGCGCUCCUUUGUUGGAGACAUCAUGGUACAUGUUACACUUUUUGUGCACAUUGCAAUAACUAACCGAAGUGGCGGAGGGAAAGCCCAAAAGCGCAGUCUGACUUCAAGAAUAGGAAAGAAAACCAGAGGCUAUACCAUGCUGAGGAACACAAGCCUAAAGACUAUAGAUGACAUUUUCAAACCAGCGGUACACCCAUUAGAAGAGGCAACCGACAUGAGGGAGAACAUGCAGCAUGCAAUCAUGUCUGUUAAAGAGCUAUGUGGACUCCCACCAAUUACCAGUUUGAAGCAGUGCAUUUUGACUUUGUCUGCACGACUUGUGAACAGUGACAAUGUCCCCUCGGUGGCUCUCUGUAUGAAAGACAAUUUUCCUUACUUGGAACCUUUGGGAACACUUACUGAUGUACAAAAGAAGGUUCUAGCUGCGUACGACCUGAUGAUUCAGGAGAGCAGGUUUCUUAUAGAAACAGCAGACACCGUUUAUGACAAGAUUGUUCAGUGCCAGAAAACAGGAAUGGGAUUUCAUGAAGAACUUCAUAAUCUGGGAACAAAGGAAGGUUUGAAGGGAAGGAAGCUCAGCAAAGCCAUUGAAAGUUUUGCAUGGAAUAUCACUGUGCUGAAGGGACAAGGUGAUCUCCUGAAGAAUGCCAAGAAUGAAGCCAUAGAAAACAUGAAGCAGAUUCAACUGGCUUGUUUGUCAUGUGGACUGAGCAAAACUGGAAGCGGGAAUUUGGAUGCCAAGACCAAGCGGAGCCUGGAGGCAAUAGAAGAAAAGGAGACUGGUGAUGAGAAUGGGAGGCUGUGAAAGAAGCCAGUGCAUUCUGGUGUGUCGUAUAUUUCAAUAGCCCAAAAUUAUUUUUUUAACGCAUUAAAAAAAAAAAUCACAUUAGAAUGCCCCCUACAGGGUGUCUGAAGUAUUAAAAUCCUCACAAUGCCAGUGUUUUAUUGAAGUUCAUUUAUCUAAGUCUAAACUCUCUAGUAGUGACAUUUUUAAUAAAUCCAAGCCCUGUG